UCCGGGGAAUCUCGGGGGUUCAGGGUCUGGAAGUUGGCGAUGAGCGCAGCCUCCCUGAUCCGGACCCUGGGGUACUGCUGCCAGCUGGUCGGCGGGGUCUUGGUGGAACAAGGUCCGGCCAGGGCGGACGUGGGGGCGCGCCUGCUGGCAGUGUCCUCCCAGCUCAGCGGCUGUAGGACCAUCCUUCGACUCUUCGAUGACGCGGCCAUGUUUGUGUACACGAAGCAGUAUGGCCUGGGGGCAGAGGAGGAGGACAUCUUGGUCCGCUGUGUGUCUGUCCUGGGCAACCUGGCCGACCAGCUGUACUACCCCUGCGAGCACAUCGCCUGGGCUGCUGAUGCCAAGAUCCUCCACGUGGACUCCGCCCGGUGGUGGGUGCUGAGCACGGCCUUCUGGGGGCUCUCGCUGCUCCUGGGGAUUGUCAGGUCCCUGUGGGUGGUCCUGAAGCUGAGACAGCAGCUGAGGAGCCCUGCAGCGGCCGUCACCAGCCAGCGGUCCCGGAGCACGCGGGGGGCCAUGGAGGCCCGGAUCCAGUCGGAGCUCAUGACUCUCCUGAGCAACCUGGCCGACCUGGCCAACGCCGUACACUGGCUGCCCCCAGGUUUCCUGUGGGCAGGCCGCUUCCCUCCGUGGCUGGUGGGCCUCCUGGGCACCAUCUCCUCCCUCCUCAGCGUGUUCCAGGCAGCCCGGGCCAGCGGCUGGGCUGACAAGGCCGCCUCCUGACCGGCCGGAACCUGCUGAAGGGCCUUCCACAGACAGAAACCACCGGGCAGGCAGCUGGGUCUCCGAGCAAACCAAGGCCAGAUGCGGGAGCUGCAACCCAGAGAACACAGGGCGUGACCUGGGGCACAAGCUCAGUGAGGCAGGAUGUGGGUGGGCUGAGGUCCCCGGGUGCUGGGGGUCUGGGCCCUUCCACCCAGGGCCCUUCCCCCCCGCCCCCCACUUGGAGGAGGUGUCUCUCAGGGCCAGAGCAGAGGACCCGGGACUCCCAUGUAGACGAAAAGGCCACAGCGGCCUAAGCAGAGCCUCACUCCCGUCCCUGGCAUCCUGUAUCCAGGUAGGCAGGCCAGGAUGGUACGCGCCAAACGGGCCUUAGGAAAGCUGACAUGAGAAUCAAUUAAAACUGUGGUGCUGGUGCGAGGCCCAGGGUGAGUCCUUUUUCCUAAACUCACCAGCUCCUUGCCCCUCCCGUCCGCAGGCCCGCUCAUUGCACGCCCUCUCCCUGCACCUUAGUUCAGGGAGGGCAUGCGGUGCCACCUCUGGACGUGACGGCCCAUGUGCCUGGGUGGCUUCUCAGGGGACAGAGCUGCAGUGGGAGGCCACACCUCCCAUGACCCUUUCUGGAACCUCUUUGGCCGGUGGUCCUAUUCGGUGAAGGCUGCUGGGGCCGUGCCCACAUCACAUCCUUUCCUCCUGAUCAUCGUGAGGUGCUUGUGGUCGAAGCAGCUGACACUCAGCCACAGCUCGGACCAGGGCCAUCAUCCCUUCAGGCCCGUCUGCACAUCUCCUAGGUUCCUCCCGGGGCCGGCCAGUGUCUAAAGAUGCUGUGGCUCUGUCUCCCACCUCAUGGAGGCGUGGCAGGACGGGAUCGUGCGGGGACUUCUCAGAGGAACAGAGCAGGCUCCGCUCCCCACAGGCGUGGCGUACAGGCAGCUGGUCAGGCUGGUCCUGAGGCUGCCUCCCUGCCCCAGCUACAGGGCAGGAGUGGGGACAGCAGCCGAGGGGGCUACUAGGGUGUCGUGGGCCCACUGGGAGGUGGGACAUCAGACUGGUUCUCAGGCUCCUGCAAGGCCCUGGGUCUGGUCAGGCCUCCCUCCAGUCCUCCUGCAGCACCUGGCGUGCGGCCCCGCUGGCGAGGUGAGCCUGGGGGAGCCCCACCAAGAGACGACCCUGCCGCACAGUGAAGGACAGCCGCGCCGCCAGUUCGUCUUCAGACACCUUUAUUGCUAGAAUCAGGCUUGAGCGCUAAGGCAGUUCUGAAACAUCCCGCAUGAGGACAUGCUGCGAUCAUAGCAUCACUGGGUGGACCGAGAUCAUGUCAAAGUUACCAAAGAUGUACCCAGAUCCCGCAGGAGUAACACUGCUCAGCCGCCAACUUUACAAAUAAAACCGGGCCCUACCCAGGAGUCACCGCAGGCUACUGGCCAGAGAACGUGCCGAAGACCUGCCCGCUGCACGGCCUGAGUGGAGACCCCACCACAUGCCGAGGAGAAGCCUUGGACGUCUCUUUCGAGGACCUGUGUGCCUGAGGCCCAGGAAUGCACUCGUCACAAAAGGACAGGAAGUAAAGGAGAAUUCUCUAAAGUGCUCUGAUUCGUCUCAGUACAAAAACACAAAACACUGACUACAGAUCCAGCACAGACGGGCUCUCGUGUCCGGGGGACGGAGGAUACGUCUCUUUGGUCCUUGCUGAUGCUGCUGGUCCCGUAGGCAGAGUUGAGGGUCAGGGCCAGCGGGGGCUGGGGCCGGAGUGGUUCUGAACGGCUGCUGUCAGCUCGUCACUCACUGGCUGUGUCACCUUGACCCUGUGGUGCCCCAACUCCUGGACAGCCCAGGACCCAUCCUGCCAACGCUUUGGGAGGUGCUGGGCUCUGGGCCGGUGGAGGGAGCCUGGGAUGCAGAAAAGUGAGUCAUGCCCCCUUCCUGCACCAGCACCCGAGCUUGUGUUUGGCCAGAGGUGGGACGUGGCUCUGGCUCAGCCACCACCCUGACGUGACACCACCCAACACCCACAGCCUUGCGAGUGGACUGGUGGCCCUUGCCCUCUUCCAGGGAUAAGGGGACAGCCCGCGACAGCAGCUCACUGGAUGUGUGGGCCUGUGAGGUGGCCACCUGCCCACUGGAGGUCUCCAGGCCACAUGUGCUCCCAGCGUGUCACCUUCACUGGCAGCGCCACCGCUCUGCUCUGUGCUGUAUCUGCAUCAGCCCAUCAGCACCGGAGACCAGCCCUGGGACUUCCUCUUGGAGGCCCUGGGAAAACCAGCUCAUCUCCUGGGGACCGAGGGCCCCCUGCUGGGGGCCGGGACUUUGGGGCCUGCUGGCCUGGCCAAACCUCUUGAUUUGGCUUCCCCAGGCCGAGCACCUGGAGAGCCACGUGGACUCGGUGAGGUGCCUGGGGAAGCACGGAGAUCGACUACAGCAGGUUUUAAAAAACCCACUAAAUUAACACGGGUUCCAGUCAGACCCCUUCGAGAUGAGUUCUGCCCU